AUGACUUCCUAUGAAGAGUUAACGGCCGGAGGGGAGAGUAGCCUUCUGUUCACGGGCUGCUGCCGAGCAAAAGAGGUCACACGCGGGGACCCGGGUUGCGGGACUCGCCCUGACCCCGCGGAGGGACAACCGGAGGUGGGAGAAGUUGCGUCAACAUUCAAUCCAGUGCAUCCCCACUACUUUACUCUCUCCAACACUUUGACUCUGUGCACCUCUUCUUCGGACAGCCCACCUCCUCACCCUCCUCCUCCUCCUCCUCUUCUUCUGUUUGACACUCUCGGGGGCUUCUCGACACCGGCCUGCCCCCACUCGCCCGGUGUCCCCUGGCGGUGCAGGGAGCAGGGGCAGGGCUCUCCAGGACGCGGAUACUGUGCGUCAGCAGCCGGCAGCGGGGCAGGAGGACGCACAGACUGUGGGUCACUCGCGGAGCAAAUUCGAAUCUGCUCUCACCACGUCCCCGAGCCUGGGGGGCGAAGUUCGGCCGGCGCGGACUGUACCGCGGCUGUUACGCAUGAAAGGAGUAAAACUUUUGAGUGGAUGAGAGUGAAGAGGAGUCAGCAGCGGGCGGCCGGGACGCACUCGACUUGUGGGUUCAGUGUCUUCGGUGCUGUGGAGGCUGGAAGCAGCAGCAGCCGGAUCUGCGCGGAUGUCCAUCCCACGGUGCCCGGGGCCCCGAGGACCUGCUUCAGCACCAGGCAGCUGACCGAGCUGGAGAAGGAGUUCCACUUCAACAAGUACCUGACGCGGGCCAGGAGGGUGGAGGUCGCCGGCGCCCUGCAGCUCAGCGAGACGCAGGUGAAAGUUUGGUUUCAGAACAGACGCAUGAAGCAGAAGAAAUUGCAGCGAGGCGUCGGGCUGCUCUGCGACCCGGGCCCCGCGGCCCUGCUCUCACACGCCGGCUCUCUGGACACCUGCCCCGCUCCGGAGCCGCGCACCACCCCGCCACAGCACCUGCCCCUGAUGCCCUGA